GACUCAGCUGUCUCUGCAGGACGCGUGGGGUGGUGGAGAACAUCUUCGGUGUCGGGCUAAGCAGCCUUGUUGCCUUCCUGGGCUACCUGUUGCUGCUCAAGGGCUUCUUCACUGACAUCUGGGUCUUCCAGUUCUGCCUGGUCAUCGCCUCUUGCCAGUAUUCCCUGCUGAAGAGUGUCCAGCCUGACGCAGCAUCUCCCAUGCACGGCCACAACUGGGUGAUUGCAUACAGCCGGCCUGUCUACUUCUGUAUCUGCUGUCUGCUCAUCUGGCUGCUGGACGCCCUAGGCUCAGCUCAGCCCUUCCCACCUGUCUCCCUCUACGGCCUCACACUCUUCUCCGCCUCCUUCUUCUUCUGCGCCCGAGAUGUGGCCACUGUGUUCACCUUGUGCUUUCCAUUCGUCUUCCUCCUGGGCCUCCUGCCCCAGGUCAACACCUGCCUCAUGUACCUGCUGGAGCAGAUAGAUAUGCAUGGCUUUGGGGGAACAGCUGCCACCAGCCCACUCACUGCAGUCUUCAGUCUAUCCCGCAGCCUGCUGGCUGCUGCUCUGCUCUACGGCUUCUGCCUUGGGGCCAUCAAGACUCCUUGGCCGGAGCAGCACGUCCCUGUCCUCUUCUCCGUCUUCUGUGGUCUCCUGGUGGCGCUGUCCUACCACCUGAGCCGGCAGAGCAGUGACCCCACUGUGCUCUGGUCUCUGAUCCGAAGCAAGCUUUUCCCUGAGCUGGAGGAAAGGAGUUUGGAGACAGCCCGGGCUGAGCCCCCGGACCCCCUGCCAGAUAAGAUGCGCCAGUCAGUGCGUGAGGUCCUGCACUCUGACCUGGUGAUGUGCGUGGUCAUCGCUGUGCUCACCUUUGCCAUCAGUGCCAGCACUGUCUUCAUCGCCUUGAAGUCGGUGCUGGGCUUCGUGCUAUACGCGCUGGCUGGAGCCGUGGGCUUCUUCACACAUUACCUGCUACCGCAGCUCCGCAAACAGCUGCCCUGGUUCUGCCUCUCACAGCCAGUGCUGAAGCCUCUGGAGUACAGCCAGUACGAAGUGCGUGGUGCCGCCCAGGUGAUGUGGUUUGAGAAGCUGUACGCUGGCCUGCAGUGUGUCGAGAAGUACCUCAUCUACCCAGCGGUGGUGCUCAACGCCCUCACGGUGGAUGCCCACACUGUCGUCAGCCACCCAGACAAGUUCUGCCUCUACUGCCGGGCGCUGCUGAUGACCGUGGCUGGACUGAAGCUGUUGCGCUCGGCCUUUUGCUGCCCGCCCCAGCAGUACCUGACCCUGGCCUUCACCGUCCUGCUCUUCCACUUUGACUACCCGCGCCUCUCCCAGGGCUUUCUGCUCGACUACUUCCUCAUGUCCCUGCUCUGCAGCAAGCUGUGGGACCUGCUGUACAAGCUGCGCUUUGUGCUGACCUACAUCGCACCAUGGCAGAUCACCUGGGGCUCGGCUUUCCAUGCCUUUGCCCAGCCCUUCGCCGUACCACACUCGGCCAUGCUGUUUGUCCAGGCCCUGCUUUCGGGGCUCUUCUCCACACCGCUCAACCCCCUGCUGGGUAGCGCUGUCUUCAUCAUGUCCUAUGCACGGCCCCUCAAGUUCUGGGAGCGGGACUACAACACUAAACGUGUGGAUCAUUCCAACACCCGCCUGGUUACGCAGCUGGACCGGAACCCUGGCGCUGAUGACAACAACCUCAACUCUAUUUUCUACGAGCACUUGACACGCUCACUACAGCACACGCUGUGUGGGGACCUGGUGCUGGGCCGCUGGGGCAACUAUGGCCCUGGCGACUGCUUUGUCCUGGCUUCUGACUACCUCAAUGCCCUGGUGCACCUCAUCGAGGUUGGCAAUGGCUUCGUCACCUUCCAGCUGCGUGGCCUUGAGUUCCGGGGCACAUACUGCCAGCAGCGCGAGGUGGAGGCCAUCACCGAGGGUGUGGAGGAGGAUGAAGGCUGCUGCUGCUGUGAGCCCGGCCACCUGCCACGGGUCCUGUCCUUCAAUGCCGCCUUUGGGCAGCGCUGGCUGGCCUGGGAGGUGACAGCCAGCAAGUAUGUGCUGGAGGGCUACAGCAUUAGUGACAACAAUGCUGCCUCCAUGCUGCAGGUCUUUGACCUCCGCAAGAUCCUCAUCACUUACUACGUCAAGAGCAUCAUCUACUAUGUGAGCCGCUCACCAAAGCUGGAGGCGUGGCUGAGCCAUGAGGGCAUUGCCGCAGCCCUGCGGCCUGUGCGGGCCCCUGGCUACGCUGACUCGGACCCCACCUUCUCCCUGAGCGUGGACGAGGACUAUGACCUGCGCCUUUCUGGCCUCUCUCUGCCCUCCUUCUGCGCAGUGCACCUUGAAUGGAUCCAGUACUGCGCUUCCCGGCGCAGCCAGCCCGUGGACCAGGAUUGGAACUCACCGCUAGUCACCCUGUGUUUUGGUCUGUGUGUGCUGGGCCGCCGGGCCCUGGGGACAGCCUCCCACAGCAUGUCUGCCAGCCUGGAGCCCUUCCUCUACGGCCUGCACGCCCUUUUCAAGGGGGACUUUCGCAUCACCUCUCCACGUGAUGAGUGGGUCUUUGCCGACAUGGACCUGCUUCACCGCGUAGUAGCUCCCGGGGUUCGCAUGGCCCUCAAGCUUCACCAGGACCACUUUACCUCCCCAGAUGAGUACGAGGAGCCGGCGGCCCUGUAUGAUGCCAUUGCGGCCAAUGAGGAGCGGCUGGUCAUCUCACACGAGGGUGACCCCGCCUGGCGUAGCGCCAUCCUCAGCAACACACCCUCCCUGCUGGCGCUGCGCCACGUCAUGGAUGACGCCUCCCCGGCGCCACCUCAGCUUCCGCGUCAUCAAGGUGAACCGUGAGUGUGUGAGAGGCCUGUGGGCCGGGCAGCAGCAGGAGCUAGUGUUUCUGCGCAACCGCAACCCCGAGCGUGGCAGCAUCCAGAACGCCAAGCAAGCACUCCGCAACAUGAUCAAUUCCUCCUGUGACCAGCCGCUGGGCUACCCCAUCUAUGUAUCACCCCUCACCACCUCACUGGCCGGCAGCCACCCCCAGCUGCGGGCGCUGUGGGGUGGCCCCAUCAGCCUGGGUGCCAUCGCCCGCUGGCUCUUGCACAGCUGGGAGAGGCUUCAUAAAGGCUGUGGUGCUGGCUGCAAUAGUGGUGGGAAUGUGGACGACUCGGACUGUGGAGGUGGCGGCCUGACCUCCCUCAGCAAUAACCCUCCCUUGGCACACCCCACGCCUGAGAACACAGCAGGCAGUGGUGACCAACCUCUCCCACCAGGCCCUGGCUGGGGGCCGCGGCCCUCUAUGAGCAGCUCUGGUGAUGGGCGGCCCCCUCCCCUGCUGCAGUGGCCCCCACCUCGGCUUCCUGGACCACCCCCUGCCUCACCUGCCCCCACUGAGGGUCCUCGGCCCUCACGGCCCCCUGGCCCUGGUCUCCUUAGUUCUGAAGGCCCCAGUGGGAAAUGGAGCCUAGGGGGUCGGAAGGGGCUGGGAGGAUCUGAUGGAGAGCCAGCCUCAGGGAGCCCCAAAGGAGGCACCCCCAAAUCUCAGGUGCCUCUAGACCUCAGCUUCAGCCCAGAUGUCAGCACUGAGGCCUCACCCCCCAGGGCAGCUCAGGACAUUCCUGACUUGGACUGCAGUGCCCCUGAGAGUGGCACGCCCACUGGGGCCCCGGGUGACUGGCCUGCCCCUGCUGAGGAACGCGAGAGCCCUGCUGCCCAGCCUUUGCUGGAACACCAGUACUGAGCGGCCUGGUGCCUGCUGGAUCCCAUCCCAGGACUCAGUAACUUGGACUUCUCAGCUGCCUCUGGCCCUCUCUGCUGGACCACGGAACUGAGUGGCUUUGGCUCCCACGUGUGAACCCUGACCUCUGGCUGCCUUAGCCAGAGUACCGGAACUCAUUGGCCCAGAUCUUUGACCUUGACCCUUGAUCUCAUUUCUAGUCCAAGACCUGGGCUCCCCAAACUGAGGCAGUCAGCUUCCCAGCAGGCCCUAAGAGCCAAACCCAUGGGCUGGUCCCACUUUGAACUUGUG